AUGGACAUCAACAAUACAUUCAGCGUUGUGAACAUAGUUUCGACCGCGGAGUACAUCUCCAAGGCAACGUCGGCAGCUGGCCUGGCGGUCUUUGGGAUCGAGUACAUUCUCACCUUUCCGGCUGAAAUAGCACUCUAUGCGUGCAAAGGCCGGAACCUUGCUAAGAUCUUGGUAUGGGACAGAAACUGA